UUAUCGUUGGCAUGCCCAGGUCACGAAGAAGCUGACACAAAAAUUGUUUUUCACGUUUGCCACUUGACUUCUGAUGCUCACGUUACUAUUCGCUGUUCAGAUACAGACAUUUUAAUAAUUAUGUUGGCAAACAUGAAUUCUAUACAGACCGAUUUGCAAAUCUCGAUGCACGUUGGGACCGGAAACAAUCAAAAGUUUAUAAAUGUCACCAAAUUGUCUCAAACGUUGGGUCUAGAUUUGUGUUCAGCAUUGCCAGCAUUUCAUGCCAUGACGGGCUGUGAUUUCAAUUCUGCUUUUUACAGAAAAGGAAAGAGAAAACCGUUUCAAAUUCUUCGAAAAUCUCCAACUUACAUUAAAGCAUUGUGUGACAUUUCCAAUUUACCGAAUUGUAAUCUGGAUCAAUUGUUUGCAACACUGGAAGAAUAUGUAUGCAGAUUAUAUGCGUUUACGAGAGUCAAUGAUAUCAAUGUUGCUCGUGUGAUGACGUUCACCAAAUCAUAUGGCAAUAACGAUGACUGCAAUCCAUUGAAUUUGCAAAAAAGAAUCGAUGGUUCGUUGUUCCCGCCCUGUAAAGCUGAACUGCAACAACAUUUUCUUCGAACGGCAUAUAUCGCCCACCUUUGGAGCCAUGCUCACCGUGCCAUGCCAACUGACCUGUUGCCAACUGAGUAUGGAUGGGAAGAAUCUGAAGAAAAAUAUUAUUUUAAAUGGUUUACGGGUGAUCAAUUGCCGCUAUCCAUCACUAGCAUCACUAAUCUCAACAUGAACCCACAUGAGGACGACGAAACCGAGAACGAUGGAGUGUGUGACAUAAGCAUCGAUAAUUGUGAUGACGACAGUGAUGCAAAGGAAGAUGAUUCAUAAAAAAAUAUUUCUUUGAUUUAUAUUAAGAUUUUUAUGUUAAUUUUAAUAAAAAUAAUCGAAUAAAAUUACGUUUCAAUUAAUCCGAAUAUUACAAACUAAUAGAAAUCAUAUUAAUGUUGUUACCGCUUCACUCCUAUGAAUCUUGGGUAAAUUGUUAAAAGACGACAUGGA